UUUGAACUUCAUUAGAAUACUCUAGAAGGUGUGAGAGAGAAAUUUCUCGAAUAUUCUAGAGCCUAGCUCUCUGAAUAUAUAAGAGCCCGGUGUCGCUCACCAGAGUUAGUUUAAUUUGAACAGCGAAACGAGCGAUUUCAAAACGAAAAGAAGAGAAGUUAUCUGUGAGCCUUUAUUUAGAAGUAUCACGUGUGAGUAUUUUUAAUAGUGUGUUUAAUUAACUCUCGAUUUUGAAACGAAAUAGAAAAAAGUUAUUUGUGGGUUUUUAUCGUGAAAUUUCAAAUAAUACAAUGCCCAGACGUAAGAGAGGAGGAGAUUUGGCCAGUUCUGCAGCGAAACGGCGAAAAAAAAAAGAAUCUCGAAGAAAUGAAACGGAAGAAGAGCACGAAGCACGUUUACAGAAUCAACGGACCAGAAUGAGUAACCUGAGAAGCACAAGAAGCGAAGAAAGAACAGCAAAUAAAAGUACUGAAGAGUCGAGAAUUUUAAAAGAUAAUCUAACAAAGGAAGCAUUCCACUACGAACCGACGAAAAAAUAUUACAAUCAUAAAUACGUUGUUAUUGGAAAAAUGAAUAACGUUUGCCAGUUUUGCCAUGCAAAAAAAUUCAGUAAAGAAACACCAGGUCUCUGUUGCAUGAAUGGAAAAAUUCGAUUACCACCAAUUGAAGCACCUCCGCAGGAAUUUCUGCAUUACAUGCUCGGGGAAACACUAGAAUCAAAACACUUUCUCCAAAAUAUAAGAUCAUAUAACUCCUGCUUUCAAAUGACUUCUUUCGGUGCUACUUCGACUAACACUAAUAGAAAUGAAUUUGAAUAUGUAUUUUCAAUUCAAGGGCAAAUUUAUCACAAAAUAGGAUCGUUACUGCCAAUGUCUAACGAAGACCAUAAAUUUCUACAAGUAUAUUUCAUCGGAAAUGAAGAACAAGAAAUUGAUCAACGAUGCACAAAUUUUAAUGGACUGAGACGCGAAAUAAUCCAAGAUGUACAGAGGAUCUUACACAAGUAUAAUCAACUGAUUUAUAUAUUCAAAACAACAUUAGACCGCAUGAUUUCUGAUGACUAUAAAAUUGUAAUUCGAGCCGAUAAAAGACCACGUGGAGAACACGAACGCAGAUUUAAUGCACCUCAGGUAGAUGAAGUCGCCAUUGUAGUUGUGGAUAAUGAAAAUACAAGCCGUGACAUAAUUGUACAUCGAAGAAGAAAAGGACUACAACGCAUUGCAGAGACACACCGUUCAUAUGAUGCUCUUCAAUAUCCGUUAAUAUUUCUGCACGGAGAGGACGGAUACCAUUUCAAUAUAAAACAAAUUCAUCCUGAAACAGGCAUAGAAACAAACAAAAAAGUCACUUCUAAGGAGUUCUAUGCUUACCGCUUAAUGAUCAGAGACAAUGAAACAUAUAAUCACAUACUCAACACUCGCCGUUUAUUCCAACAAUUUCUGGUAGAUAUGUACGCAAAAAUAGAAGCAGAACGGAUGCUUUACAUAAGAUUGAAUCAGAAAAAACUACGCACAGAAGAAUACAUCCACCUUCGAGACGCGAUCAUGAAUGACGGCAAUAUUGACGAUAUUGGAACAAUGGUAAUCUUACCCUCAUCAUACAUAGGAAGUCCAAGACAUAUGCACGAAUAUACACAAGAUGCCAUGACCUACGUAAGAAAAUAUGGACGACCUGAUCUCUUUAUAACAUUUACAUGCAAUUCAUCAUGGCCAGAGAUCAAAGAACAACUAAAAUACGGACAAACCUCCAUAGAUCGACACGAUAUAAUAGCCCGAGUUUUUCGACAAAAACAAAUACGAUUUAUUGAAGUCAUCACAAAAUAUCACAUCUUUGGAACUGUUAUUUCAUGGAUGUAUACAAUUGAGUGGCAAAAACGAGGAUUACCUCACUCACACAAUCUCAUAUGGCUACACGAUAAAAUUUAUCCCACGGAUAUCGACAAAAUCAUCCGAGCUGAAUUUCCUGAUCCACAAAAAGAUCCGUAG